AAUUUAUACAUCACAUUUCAUGACUAAACGAUUUACGGUUGCGAUGUGCCUACAAUGUCAAUUUCACUAUCGACAUGCUUCAUAAUUUCUAGAAUGUUUAUAAUCAGCGUAUGUGCUCCGAAGUUAGAGCGCCUGCUCACUAAUUCUAUAAGUUCAGAAAGUAAUUAUCUUGAAAAUGACGACAUUAUUGUACCACGCCAAAACUUUCAUAUUUUAAGAGCAAUUGAUAAUUCCCAAGAAAUAUCAAAAAAAGAUUGCGCUGGCUACGAUUACGAUGCAACAAAAUGUAAAUACGUCAACGAUAGAAUACUUUGUGGUUACAAUAAAAACUUAGGUAACUUUAACGACAAUAAAGACGUCAUAGAUUUGGGUAAUGGAUGCCAAAUGCGCGGAAAUAGGAUAGAGUGUGGAUAUCUAGUUGGCCCUUUUGUAAAUCCUAGGCGGCCACCUGCGCACGACAAUGAAGAAGAAUAUCAUACAGAACAAACUCCGAGAAGGAAGGCUACAAAUGCAAUUAAAUAUUUAGAAUUAACAGAAAAAGAAAAGGUUAUUGAAAACACGAAGCCUACUACGAAAUUGGUGGUAUUAAAUGAUUCAAAAACCAAAGAGACAGAAAAACCAAUACUUGACACACUAACGACGAAGAAAAUGACUCCUAAUACACCAAACACAAAAAACACGCCAUUUUUCAGCACGACACUUAAAAAAAUUACUACUAAGAUAUACAAGUUUAAUAUUACAAGCACGCCACCUAAAACAAGUCCACAAACAACGGAAAGCGCAGCUAUAGAAAUUAUAUCAACCAAGAAGAAACCAAUGUCGAAGUGCGUGGAAAAGGGUGAUCGCAUAGUAUGUUAUGAUUAGUCACCUUUAGUAUUUAAAGCCGUUUAAGAUUUUAUUAGUUCAAAUAAGUGCUGUCACCGUUUUAAUUAACUGAGUUGUUGUGUAUAGUUGUAAUAGUGCUUCAGAGUUAAUUAACUUUUAAUUUUAAUCAAAGUAGAUCGUACAUUUGUUUAAUUUUUACUUUGUAGUUUGUAAGUGUACCUAACAAAUAAAUCAAUAAUACAAUAAUGUAUUAUAGAAACACUUGGUUCUUAGUAUGAGUUAGUGGCAAGCAAGCAAAAAUGGACGUUAGCAAUAACAAUUUUAUUGCAUUUUGUCAUUAAUAGAUGGCGAUAAAAAUAGAAGAGAAUUCACCAGAUUUAUCAACAAUGCACAAACACCUACACAAUGGUGAUACGACUUUAAAUAUACCUUUCAUUACGUAUCAGAAUCUUUGUAUUACUAUAGCAUCAUCAUUAUUUAUUCUUGUCUCAUCAAACACUAGUAACAGAAGUAGUAGUUAUAGAAGUAAAAGUGGUAUGAAAGAACUUCUCAAAAUAGAUGUACGGGUAUCGUUAUCAUUCGCUUUUAGUUUUUAUCUAAUUACAAUAAAUCAUGGGCUUAUACGAAAAUGUAUGGAAACAACUUUUUGUGGUUUGGAAAUAUACGAGAGGAUGCAAUUAAGAAAAAAAAAGUCGUGGCGGAUUAUUAUGAACUUUU